AGAUGGCGGCGGCCAUACCGGGCUGCGCUGAGGGGCCGAGCGCGCAGGGAGUGGCCGGCUCUGGGGGCCGCCUCGGCCGCUAGCCCGUCGGGGGUUCGGGGCGUAGCAGCGGGGGGCGCCCGGGCAGGGUCGCGCCGGCGGCGGGGAGGGCCGCAGAGGCUGGCUUGGGCCGGCCGGGCCCAGCCGAAGUCGCCGCCGAGCCAUGGAGAAUGCCGUCGGCGGCGGAGCAGGAGGCAGCAACGUCCCCGCCUUCCUCACCAAGCUGUGGACCCUGGUGGAGGACCCCGACACGGACCCGCUCAUCUGCUGGAGCCCGAGCGGGAGCAGCUUCCACGUCUUCGACCAAGGCCAGUUUGCCAAGGAGGUGCUUCCCAAGUACUUCAAGCAUAACAACAUGGCCAGCUUUGUUCGACAGCUCAACAUGUACGGCUUCCGGAAGGUCAUCCACAUCGAGCAGGGCGGUCUGGUGAAGCCAGAGAAGGACGACACAGAAUUCCAGCACCCCUAUUUCAUCCGCGGCCAGGAGCAUCUCCUGGAGAACAUCAAACGGAAGGUGACUAACGUAUCUGGCAUAAAGAACGAGGACAUCAGAGUUCGCCAGGACAGCGUCACCAAACUGUUGACUGACGUCCAGAUGAUGAAGGGCAGGCAGGAGAGCAUGGACUCCAAGCUGAUAGCCAUGAAGCAUGAGAACGAGGCCCUGUGGCGGGAAGUGGCCAGCUUGCGGCAGAAGCAUGCCCAGCAGCAGAAGGUGGUCAAUAAGUUAAUCCAGUUCUUGAUCUCGUUGGUGCAGUCCAAUCGUAUUCUUGGGGUGAAGAGGAAGAUCCCCUUGAUGUUGAACGACGGCAGUUCGGCACAUUCGAUGCCCAAGUUCAGCCGCCAGUACUCGCUGGAGCGUGUCCACAGCCCAUCCCCCUACUCCGCCUCCUCCCCAGCUUACGGUGGCUCCGCUUUGUACUCUCCUGACUCCUCUGCCAACUGCGGCCCCAUCAUCUCGGAUGUGACGGAACUGGCCCAGUCCAGCCCCUCGGCCUCCCCCAGCAGCAGCUUCGAGGAAAGGAGUAGUCCUGUGGUCCGUAUCAAAGAGGAGCCCCCCAGCCCCUCUCACAGCCCUCAGACCGAGGCUCCUGCUGUCGAAACCCCCCUUUCGCCCGCCGCCUUCAUUGACUCCAUCCUGCAGGAAGAGGAGCCCGGCAGCACCGCAGCCCCCGCGGCUGGCAGCAUCCUCGUGCAGCCCCAGCCCUCCGAAAAGUGCCUCAGCGUCGCCUGCCUCGACAACUCGGCUCGUACUCCGCAGAGGCCUGAGAUCACCUGUCUUUUCCCCAGCCCUCCUCCUUCCUCUCUGCACUGCCGACCACAGCAAGGAAACGACCUCAGCGAUCACUUGGACACCAUCGAUUCCAGCCUGGAUAAUCUGCAGACCAUACUUACGACUCACGGCUUCAGCGUAGACACGAGCGCCUUCCUGGACUCUUUCCCUUUUCCCCACGGACAGCUCUUCAGCCCUUCCAUGACGGUGGCGGAUGUGAAUUUGCCAGACCUGGACAGCAGCUUGGCCAGCAUCCAAGACCUCCUGUCCUCCCAGGAGCAGCAGAAGCCUGCGGAGGCAGAAGCCUCCCCAGCAGAUGCAGGCAAGCAGCUGGUGCACUACACCGCCCAGCCCCUCUUCCUGGUGGACUCAAGCUCUGUGGAUGUGGGCAGCCUGGACAUGCCCAUUUUCUUUGAACUGGGGGAAGGGCCCUGCUUCACAGAGGGAAACGACUACUUGGAGGACCCCGCCAUCUCCCUCCUCUCCGGGACAGAGCACCCCAAACCCAAGGACCCAGCCGUCUCCUAAGGCCACGCCUGGUCUGGCGGAAAGAGAGACUGCCCUGGGAAGGGCCUGCCAGCUGCCUCCUUGCUUUGCGCCAGUGUUGCCAUGAGCCCCUCACUCUCUUGGGCGCUCCAGCGACGCAAGGGUCCCGUGUGUGUGUGUGCUUAAUGAGGUGUCCGACCCCCUCUUCCAGGAUGGUAGCUCUGGGCAGGCAGGAGGCCUUCAAAGAAGACAUGGAUGCACUACGCAGGGGCUGCCCAUGGUGGGUGGCAAGCACAUUUGGUCAGCAGUGUCACCGCCGAUGCCUGCCCUGCCCUGUAGUCGGGGGGAAGGUGCUAGAGGGUCAGCCUAAAGUGGAGGGGAGAGGGGAUCCCUCCAGUCAGGAUGAACACGUUGGUUUUUAAAAAGAAAUAAAAGCCCCCCUCGGGGCUCAAGGGCUGGGCCCCUUCGUCGGUCUGCCCUGCCAGGGACUCCUGGAGGCUCGGGGGCCCCCACGCGAGAAGCCGCCCCCCCUCCACCCCGUCUCUUCCUCCUGGAGUGUCUCUCCUACUGGGGUUUGUUCUCCUUGGCUUAGCAGUAAGAAUUUGUACAUUCACACUUUGAUUGUUACUAGAAGAAAAUGUAUUUUGGAUUUUUACAUGAGAGAAGAAGCCCCUCCAUCCCAGCCUUCCUCUCCCCUGAUAUAU